GCAUGAGUUAAAAUCAAUGCCCGAAUGUAUCCAUUGUGGUGCUGUCAGAUUUGAAUACGAGCCUCCAACGUUUUGUUGUGGAAAUGGAAAAAUCAAACUUGCACCUAUUGAAGUUCCAGAUGAUUUGUACGAGUUAUUUACCUCUCAAAUAGAAGAUGCAGUUGAAUUUCGAAACAACAUCCGCGUCUUCAAUUGCAUUUUUUCGUUCACCUCAUUUGGUGUCAAGUUAGAUAAGGAGCUUGCAUCUGCACGACGUGGAGUUUAUACUUUCCGAGCACAAGGAAUGGUUUAUCAUGACCUUCCAGGACUAUAUCCAACUGAAGAAGGUCCAAGCAACUUUCAGUUGUAUUUUGUUGAUACUGACAAUGAGGUUGAUAACCGGUUGAAGGUACUACAAAAUCCAUCUUUAUCAGGAGAUACUGUGGAGCGACUUAUCCAAAUCUUGGAGGUAAAUCCAUAUGCAAAAAUCUUCAGAAGAUUAAAGGACUAUCCUGCCAUGGAUGACGUUCAACUCCAUAUAUCUAAAGAUGUGAGAUUAGAUCAAAGAGUAUAUAAUGCUCCAGGAGCGGAUCAAGUUGCAGCUAUAUGGGUUGAAGGAAAUAAUGAAAAUAUACCCUUUGAACAUAACAUCAUAGUUCAUGCACAUUCAGGUCAUAAACAUAGAAUAAGACACUAUUAUGGAUGUUAUGACCCAUUGCAGUAUCCACUUCUUUUCCCGAAGGGUGACACUGGCUGGCACCAGAAUAUUUUCAAAAUUGGUACAAAAAAAUCAAAACAUUCAAGACAAAGUGGCUCUGGGCAGUUGAUGCUUACAAAUGAUGAGGCCUGCACACGAAAACAACAAGGGGAUGGUCCUUCUACGACUACUCAACAAAUCUUCACUUCUGUGGAGGAAGUUCUUUCCCAAGAACAUGAACAAGGUAAUCUUUACUUUAUACAUUAAACAUUAAA